AAGUUGUAUUUUAGACUUCUACUGUUUCUUCGCAACUAAGCUUGUGUCUUUAUAAAAUGGAUCCAAAGCUUUUCCAAUCUGUUAGCUGAAUUUGAAGAAGGUCUAAAACUGAAAAUGGAAGCUGAAUUUGAAAGGCGUUGCGAAGGAGGAGGCCAGGAUCCAAGAUCAAUUGUAACAAUAUCCACACCUCCGCCAUCAUCAAGACUAUCUGAAAGAAAGCUCAAAGACAAAUGCUUUAGGUGCGGGAAUCAAGGUCACUGGGCACAAGAUUGCCGUUCCACCACUACCCCGACAAAGAAUGCUUCGUCUCACCCCUCCACUCCUCCGCCGGACGCCCACCACUUCCCCGUGCUGCGUUGCCAUUGCGGCGUCGCUUGCACGCUUUGUGUUUCCCGCCGCGACGUCAGUCUUGGCAGAAGGUAUUAUGCUCGCAAGUGCGACUGCGGUGCUGCCAAGGGGAGCUGGUCGGGUCCGAAUUUUUACAAAUGGUGCGAGGAUGUCAAGGCACCUCUGUGCAGGUGCGGCGCCGGAGCAUGCACGAUCAAUUUCCUGGAAGACAGCUACGGGAACUAUGUUAAGUACUAUACAUGCCGUAUUAGAACGGGGCAUGGAUCGUGUGGUUUCUUGCUGUUUGAAAGUUUUCCAAGUUCAUUGCCAAGGUCUGUGGAGAUAGAUAAAGGACAAUCAAUAUCGAGUCCGCAGAAUGGGGAGCCACCACAUAUCAGUAGUUGCGAGGAUGAAUGUUCCGUACCCAGUUCUUCGACCAGAAACAUUUCUAUUCAUGAAGUCGAGACGAGCGAUUUUGCGGUAGGGAAAGGGCACCGUAUUUCCUGUCCAAUGUCUUGGUCUGAUAUCCCUUCCCGUCAAAAAGAGUUCCAGAAUCAGAUGUCUGCUGCUGGGAAUUCAUCAAAUGGAUGUAAAGCUCUUCGAAUCAUGGGUCGCUGUGUUCAUGGUUGGGCUGGAAGGCUUGCUUUCCCUCCUCGGGUCUUAGCAGCAGAUCCUCCUCUUCAGCAUUUCUUUCGCUGUAUAUUACCUUUGUUUGAUCCAAUUGUAGUUUCUGAUUAUGCCAAUAUAUCUGUUGGUGGAAGUUCAAGCAUAAUCCCUCGUGCUUAUUCAAAUGCUGAAGUUGAUGAAGAAUCACAAAAUGCGCUUGGGCACGAUACUCAACUACUGACUGUUUCUUUAGGGACUUCAAGCCGAAAAAGAUCGUUUUCUUUUAUGCAAGACGGUGUAGACAAUCCGGUAUGGAAGAAAGUUGGAAAGCAUCUGCCGAAAGACCUCAGUCUUCUGGUGUCAACGGAUCCAUCUGAUCAUAGUACCAUAUUUCUGACAGCGAAUGAUACUUUUGUUGAUUUGGCUAGUCCGUCUAUUGAGUUCAAACAUUCCGCUGGGUGUUCAACGAAGUCUAAUCGGUGUGUAUCAAGAGUAGCGGGGACGGAGUUAGCUCUCCAAAAGAGCUGCAAUCAGCAGGAGCCAACCAUCCUGCAAAAUAUUGAACCAGUCGCUCAAUUGGCUUCUCAUUUUAAGGAAACGCUUCAUCAAAUUGGGGAACUUGAAACUUUUCUUCUAAAUAUUGCCAAGGAUUUGGGGCAGUCGAUGAGAAGUAUGCAGGCUACGUACCAAGAGCUGACGAAAGCUUUGAAACUUCCAGAGGCCGAAGUCGAGCAAUGCAUGGCGGGUACAACAGUAGAUCAGAGUUUAUAUGUGCAUUUAGACAUGCUCAGCAGGAAGGAAGAGACAGAGGAUGGUAGAGCUACCUAAUGGAUCAGAGUGAUGUAAGACGGCAGGAAAAAGUGCAGAAAGCAAAGCUUGUUUAGAUUAGAGGACAGAAAAUAAAAGAUGCAUAUAGUGCAGUUAUAUUUUGUCAUCCAUGAGAUUCUUAAUUUUGACCAAAUAAUUAUAUAUCAUUAAAUUAUGUACACGUUUUAAUUAAACACAAACUAUAAUAGUCUGGUUCAAUUCGAAGUUUGAGUCCACCGUUGAUUUGAUCUCUUUUCAUUGC